UUUGCCAAUUGACAGCCCUAGCGAAGUGUCAAAAUUAUGUAUGCUCGCUGACGCUCGUUCGAGUUAACAAAGUAAAAAUAAAUUUAUUUUUGAAGGAAAUAACAUGAACACAUCUGCUGUAUAGUUUGAAAAAUGAAAAAGUUGCCUAAUUUGAUAGCACUCUUGCAGUAAUUCAAAAUAUUUUAAAGAUAACUUGAAAAUUAUAAAUGUAACACAUUUCUUUUUUCUACGUAAUACAUUAAUUGUAUGAAUAAUGCGAAAUCCUGGAGUGUAAUUGCACCCUCUGCUGCUAUAUAUUUCCAAUUCUCUCAGCUUCGCCAAGGAAUAAAGAAAGCGAUAGCAGUAGUAUAGUAUCCGCUGAAUCGCAAUCUGCGGAGGUGUUACAAACUGAGAAUUUCUCAGUGAAGAACUGAGUGAAAGGUCGAUUAUGCCUUCUGAACGUUAAUACGUAUAUAUUAUGCCAUAUAUGUACCGACGAUUUUGUUCGUUGGUAUAUGGAUAUAUUUCUAAGAAAAUAUGUGCCAAUUUACGGUGCUAAGAAUACGUAUGUAUUUGACGUAAAGGUCGGUGGUUAGCAUAAUUUGUGUUGACACCGCUGAGAUCCGUAUGGAACACCUGUCAAAACUCGUCAGAAACGUCUAGUCUUUGGUUUCGUUCCAAUAUGAAAUGUAAAGCAACAUUUGAUUGUGCACGCCAAUGAAUCAGUUUUGUUGGAAUUAUUAAAACUACCGUAAUGUAGGGCAUCGUCUUCCGACAUUUCCACUUGAACUAUCUGCUGUUCUGAUCGUCUUUAGAUCACAGUUUGCAGAUUGGAUCGUUAUGAUUGUUAUGGAGAAAAUAAAAUAAAAUACAAUGACCCCUUUUGAUGACUUUAUGUACCUCAUCAACUCUGUACUUUUGGGAGAGGAACCAACAAUUGAAGACUUCAUUUUGCUUGUUGGAACAUUUGUAGCAUUUGUGGCGUUCAUCCUAUGGUGUUGUUUUCCUGUCGUCCCGAAGGAAGCGAAUCCACCUACAUUGUAUGAUACCAGAGGGUAUAACCAGUAUAAAAAAGUUGACACAACUUAUGAUACUAAUUCCUAGCAACAGCAGUGCCAUUUAUUGAUAAUGAUGUGUACUUUUCAUCAUGUAAUAGCUCACAUAACUUGUAGAAUGCAUUUUCUUCAUAAUAUAUUUGUACAUGAAUUACAUCUCAAAUGUAAUUUAACAGUCUAGCUGGAUGGUUGAUUUCUUUAUCAUUGUAUCAAGUCUGUAUUUUGUGUCUUAAAAUUUUGAAAUCAUCACUAUCAACACUGACUAUUGCAUUUGAAAUUAUUGUGUAUACCUGAAUAAAUUAUGUACUAUUGUAUAUUUAUUUAUUUAUUUAUUUGUAUAUUUAAUGUGAUAAGCACAAAAUAAAAUGCCUAAAGUUUUGAUGUAUUGUUGCUUUUUAAAAAGUUAUAUAUUAUCUCCCUUGUUUCAUUCUUAUGCAUACAAAGUUCAAACAAAAAUCACUAUAAAUCCUGGAAGUUGUCAUGCUUUAUAAGAAGUCCAAACUAAUGUAUUUGAAGAUCAUCAUGAAAUGUCAACUCACCAUUCUGUGUUUUUAAAAUAAUAUUUUCUGUUUGUAAUUUCUCUUCUUUUGCUAUUGAUUGUUCUUUAAAUGUAGAGGAAAUUGAGUUAUGAUGUUCCUUUAGAAUAAAUCACUAUUGCUUC